CCUGAAGUUUGUGCAGUAUCUGGUGAGGCUGGCCACUGGCACGCUCCAUGCAGACAGUGUUGAAGAUGAAUUGGAAAUGGCCACAGUUCGGCAUCGCCCUGAGGCUCUGGAGUUGCUUGAGGCACAGACAAAGUUCACAAAGAAGGAGCUGCAGAUUCUCUACAGAGGAUUCAAGAACGAAUGUCCCAGUGGGAUUGUCAAUGAAGAGACUUUUAAAGAUAUUUAUGCUCAGUUUUUCCCACAGGGAGAUGCUUCGAAUUACGCACACUUUCUGUUUAACGCUUUCGACACAGACCACAAUGGAUCUGUGAGCUUCGAGGAUUUUGUAACAGGGCUUUCUACACUGCUGAGAGGGACAAUUCAAGAAAAACUCAACUGGGCAUUUAAUUUAUAUGAUAUUAAUAAAGAUGGCUAUAUCACUAAAGAGGAGAUGCUUGACAUCAUGAAGGCCAUCUAUGAUAUGAUGGGUAAAUGCACAUACCCUCUUGUUAGGGAAGAUACACCAAAACAACAUGUUGAGAAUUUCUUCCAGAAAAUGGACAUUAAUAAAGAUGGAGUUGUGACUAUAGAGGAAUUCAUAGAAAGCUGCCAAAAAGAUGAGAACAUCAUGUGCUCCAUGCAGCUGUUUGAGAAUGUGAUUUAGCUCAUGUUCGUGGACUGUGAAGAACGGACAUUUUCUCUAGUUUUGACAAUAAUUUGGAGCUGCAUCUUACCAUUUUACCAUGAAUAGACUGUUCAGCUUUAUACUAAGUCAUAUAUUAUGCAAAGUAGCUUUUCUAUGAUGCCUUCCAAAAAUCAGGUCUCAUGACGUAUAGCGUUUCAGGUUUGUUUCCACGCUUAAGACAUCUCAUUGUUGACAGGAAUUAUUUUACAUUCCGCGCCAGGAUUUGAACAUUAGACCAUGUUGUAUUGUUUAACCCCUGCCACUUAUGAACACUUCAUGUACGUUGGC